UCUCUCCCUCCUCCUCGCUCCUCUCUCGGGCUGCAUCUCCGAGGCGAAGGUGCUGCUUCCUCCUCCUCGUCGUCGUCCUCCUCGCCCCCCAUGGAAUCCAUCGAGGACUUAGCGGUGGGGCCCUGCGACCACUCCAAGUACCUGCGGUCUUUCCGCCUCCGCUACCGCCAGAAUGGCAUUUCAAAGAAUUGGGAUUUCAUGAGGACGCAUGACAGCGUGGCCAUCCUGAUCUUUAAUACUUCUCGGCGGUGCUUUAUUGUGGUGAAGCAGUUCCGUCCAGCUGUCUACAUGUGUGAGAUGGAGCGGCUCUGCCCUCAAGUCUUCGAACGUGAAAACCAGGGGAGCUGGUGCCCUCUGCCAGGUCACUUGCCUGCUUUAACGGGAGUGACCUAUGAGCUCUGCGCUGGCAUUGUAGACAAGCCAGAGCUCUCUUUGGAAGAGACAGCUUGCAUGGAAGUCUUGGAAGAGUGUGGGUAUGAGAUCCCUCCAGCCAGCCUGAAGAGAAUUACUUCGUGCAGGUCUGGUGUUGGUGUGACAGGAUCAAAGCAGACCUUGUUUUACGCUGAGGUAACAGACGAGAUGAAAGCCGGCGAAGGUGGAGGCCAGCCAGCAGAAGGGGAGCUGAUUGAGGUGGUGGAAAUACCUCUGCAGGACUGCAUGAAUUUUGCAUUUGACGAAGCUCUCCCUAAAACCAUGGGUUUCAUCUUCAGCUUCAUGUGGUUCCAGACCAACAUUGCCCCAAAGCUGCUAGAAAAAGAAUAACCAUUACUGAGAUUUACUGGAGGAGUGAGGUUGGGAUUUUUUUAUUUUAUUU